GAGAGAAACCACCCCGCCAGCUCUGCUCAGCCAUCCCUCCGUCAUCCAACUAGUUAGUUAUCGAGCUCGGCUAGCAAGCUGAACCGCGACAACCACGGCCUCGACACACCAUGGCGGGCUCAAUGACACACAACGAGACAGCUCCCGGUUCGAUGGAGCUCAAGGACGACACCGUCAUCGUCGUCCUGGGUGCUUCGGGAGACCUAGCAAAGAAGAAGACUGUGAGUAUCUUCGCUUCUCUGCCGCCAGUGACGUUGCCGGUUUGGCGUGGGCUAACAACGGCCGCUUCUCUCUUCAACUAACUAGUUCCCGGCGCUCUUUGGCCUGGUAAGUGGUCUCUCCGUCUCUCUCGGGAACCAGCAGUCACAACUCCAGCCUCAUUUCUGACCAUCCCUCCCUCAUCCGCAGUAUCGCAACAAGUUCCUGCCCAAAGACAUCAAGAUCGUCGGAUAUGCUCGCACCAAGAUGGACCAUGAUGAGUAUGUCCGACGAAUCCGGUCCUAUAUCAAAGUCCCUACCAAGGAGCUCGAGGAGCAGCUGAAUGGUUUUUGCGAGCUCUGCUCCUACAUAUCCGGGCAGUAUGACCAGGAUGAGUCCUUCAUCACCCUUAAAAACCACCUGGAGGAAUUAGAAAAGGGCCGAAAGGAGCAAAACAGGGUCUUCUACAUGGCCCUGCCGCCAAGCGUGUUCAUCACGGUCUCCCAACACCUCAAGAAGAACUGCUACCCAGAAAAUGGCAUCACGAGGAUAAUUGUCGAGAAGCCGUUUGGAAAAGAUUUAGGUAGCUCCCGAGAGCUACAGAGGGCUCUCGAACCCAAUUGGCGGGAGGAUGAAAUAUUCCGUAUCGAUCACUACCUUGGAAAGGAAAUGGUAAAAAAUAUCCUCAUUCUACGUUUCGGAAAUGAGUUCUUCGGUGCCACCUGGAACCGGCACCACAUAGAUAACGUCCAGAUCACGUUUAAAGAGCCGUUUGGUACUGAGGGCCGUGGCGGCUACUUUGAUGAGUUCGGAAUUGUCAGAGAUGUUAUGCAGAACCAUCUUCUUCAAGUUUUAACCCUGCUUGCCAUGGAGCGACCAAUAUCGUUCUCUGCAGAAGACAUCCGUGAUGAAAAAGUGAGAGUGUUGAGGGGCAUCGAUGCGAUCGAGCCCAAGAACGUCAUCAUCGGCCAGUAUGGAAAGUCCCUAGACGGCACUAAGCCUGCAUACAAGGAAGACGAGACUGUCCCUAAGGACUCCAGAUGUGCUACCUUUUGUGCAAUGGUUGCAUAUAUCAAGAACGAGCGAUGGGACGGGGUUCCCUUUAUCCUAAAGGCUGGCAAAGCUCUCAAUGAACAAAAGACAGAGAUUCGCAUCCAGUUCCGCGAUGUCACCUCCGGUAUAUUUAAAGAUAUCCCCAGAAACGAGCUGGUCAUUCGUGUGCAGCCCAACGAAUCGGUUUAUAUCAAAAUGAAUUCAAAACUCCCUGGGCUUUCAAUGCAGACUGUCGUCACCGAGCUUGACCUCACAUACCGUCGACGAUUCUCGGACUUGAAGAUCCCAGAAGCCUAUGAAUCCCUCAUCCUGGAUGCACUCAAGGGGGAUCAUUCAAACUUUGUCCGUGAUGACGAGCUUGAUGCCAGCUGGAGGAUCUUUACCCCAUUGUUGCACUAUCUUGACGACAACAAAGAAAUUGUGCCAAUGGAGUACCCCUAUGGUAAGCAGGUACAGCCUCUCUCCUCUAUCUGACUUCUCUAACAGUCGUUCUUGUCACACAGGCUCUCGAGGACCUGCUGUCCUCGAUGACUUCACCUCAUCUUUCGGUUAUAAAUUCAGCGAUGCUGCAGGCUACCAGUGGCCGCUUACAGCAACACCUAACCGCCUGUGAUCUACUGAUCUUACAUUCAAAUGGCGAACAAUCUCUCUAUUAGUCUAGUUCAAAGAAUUCUUUUACGAAAACCUCCCCAUGAAUAAAGUGGGUGUAUAAUGGAAAUAAAAACUCAUGUCCCUAUGAUAUACUAUGGAAACAAAAGGGCUAUUUGCUGCGCGAGCUAACUAACUAGUUAUAUAACUAGCUCUCCUGGUAGUAUCUCACCGCGUAAAAUAUCACCCUUUUUCUUCAAUGCAUUUUUUAUCAGCCCAUGGAUUUCUUCUUACCGCUCCGUUGAUUCGUAUUUAUUUUCAUAACUACCGCCACUUGUUUCAUUCAAUUAAUCCCCUCAGCGAGCAUAUUGAGAGCAUAUAAGUUAUGAAAUAAUUGCUUGUUAUGCUCUCCCGCUCCUUCUACUUCGUUGGUCAAAUUCUUCCUUAUCAGACUAAAAAGGAUCAAGUGGUAUCUGCAUCAUGUAGUUAGUAGUUUGGCUCCUAUAGCCUUCUGUCGCA